AUGGACGACUUGCCCCCCAAACCACCCAUAGUAAAAAGACGAUAUUCGCGUUCUGGUUGUCGUGAGUGCAAGCGGCGCAAAAUCAAAUGCGAUGAGGUCCACCCGACAUGCGGAAAUUGCGUCCGCGUCGAUAUGGUAUGCGUUUUCCCAGACCCGUCUACAAAAAACAAGCCUCGGCAACAAAGAGAUAGGCUCAGGAGGCCCACUUCCUCAAUAUCUGCGCCCAGCCUGCAAAUCCUGCAACAUUACGAGCUUGUCCAGGCCCAAGCACUCAUAUCAAAAUCCGAUGUGCCCAGUGAUCUUGAUAUGCUCCUAUUCGAAAACGUGUUUGAUGAAGCGAACACGUUGGUACAUGGCCUAGCAAACUAUGAGACACAUGUUGUUGCGCCGGCGUACACAGCAAUGUCUCCCCUGCUGUCUGAGCGGUUUGCGGACUUGAAACCUUUCCACUCGCAGAUCAUCCUUAACGACAGCCCCAAAAAGAACGUAUUUUUCGACGAGAAGGAGUUUGAAUCGUAUCUCCAAAACACAGAUGUGGGUAGCAAUCCGAUGCUAGCACAGUCCUGGAACGCCUUCAGCAACAGCAUGCGAGACUCCGUGGCACAAGACCCCCGCCAGGAAAUCAGCAACGCACAGCUCAUGCAAACUGUAAUUGACACGUAUAAGCUCUCAGAGGACGAGCAAACAUACUUCCGGGACAUGGUAUCUGGGCAAGGAUGUCUCUAUUUUUUCCCGUUCAUCUCUAACACCACCAACAACGAGGUCAUCCACGUGCUUCUCGAGUACCUGAUGGUUUUAAAGUUCAUGGUGUAUGCAAUGAUGGCGCUCAGCGCAUCGUGUCUUUUCACAAUAAAAAAGGACCCGAAACACGAGCAGAACCAAAAGAAGUAUACUCGCGUGUGUAUGCGCCUCAUUGUGCGGGCAUUCACCGAUCUUAAAAAUAACGAGCUGUCACUUUGGCACAUCGAAGGCCUCAUUCUCACUGUGCUCAUUCUCACGAUGCUUUUUUCUGACAUCUGGUGUGGUGACACCUCUCAAACACCUGUGUCAUGGGUAGUUCACCUUGAUAGUGCCCGAUCGCUUCUCAUCAAGUACAAAAGUUUAAAGGCACAAAGCUCGCUACACCGACCUGAAUCACUUGGGAUUGUCAUAGCCAAACUGUUGUUUUUCUGCUACGACUGGAACACAAAUAUGUGUCUUCCUAUAGAUGCAAUCAAAAGCGACCAGUUGGCAGACUUGUGGGCGAUCACUGGCAAGUUUGAUGCGAUGAUAGACGAUCAAGAUCAUAUCAUCGCAUUGAAAAAAUUCGGGCUCAUGAUUCCCGCGUCAAAAUCGAAUAGCGCGUUCAACACCUUCAACGCACUUACUCCUGAAUUAAUAAAAAUCAUCUACGAGAUAUUGGACACGAUUUGCCACUUGAACAUUGGCAGUUAUAUGGGUAAACCCCGACAGGCGUCGCCUGAGGCCAUCACCAAUAUCAUGGCCCUCAUUAAUCAAGCAUUGAGACAGAAUGUCGUGCCUGGUGUGCUGUCACGGAAUCACUACAUCAUACUGUUGGACAACCCUGCUCAUCCUUUGUAUCUGGAUGUGGCUCAUCGGAUCGUUUUGUCAGACUGCGCGUAUGGAAUCGAUUUACACAGCUCAGCACAGACCCAUUACUCGUGGUGCGAUGUGGUGGUCAAACUGAAUGUUUACUUUCUAUAUCUUAAAAUUCUUACUUCGCGAGGCCUACUACAUCUUCCUAGGAGUCACCCUUUGAUUAAGGCUUUAAUCGAGGAGAUCAUGGGGCUCAUGUUUUUCGUGAAACCAAAAGCUAGGGGCCAGUUUGAUAGCUCACAUGCGUUUCUCGCAUCUGCCAACUUUUACCUUUCAAACCAAUUGUUCGAUCAUCGGGCAAUCAUGUUGCAAUUCCCGUUCAGGCUUUGCAUUGAGCUUACUGAUCUGGAGGUUGAUUUUGAGAAGCUUGAGCUUUUUUUCGAGGGUUUAAUUCUUUUGGGCUGCGGCAACUGUUUCGCUGCAGCAGAAAAGGUAAGAGAGAACAGGCUUGUGUCCAAGAAGAGAGUUCUCAACAAAUUGUCUUCUGAACACCCUGACAUGGACUAUUCAACGCAAAUAAUUGACAUUUACUGA